GAGAGAGAGAGAGAAAGAGAGAGAGAGAGAGAGAGAGAGAGAGAGAGAGAGAGAGAGCACAGCGGGUUCACAUUUGCACGAUGGCAUCAGAUCCAGGGCUGCUGCUUGUUUUGCUGUGGACUAUAUUCUUGCAGGUGCUGGGUUUCAGAGCAGCAUCCAGCAAUGAAGUGAAUCUCCUGGACACAUCCUCGAUCUCCGGAGACUGGGGGUGGACGACGUAUCCGUCACACGGGUGGGAUGCAAUUAACGAAAUGGAUGAGUACUUCAGCCCCAUCCACACGUACCAGGUGUGCAAUGUCAUGAGCCCCAAUCAGAACAACUGGCUGCGCACCGCCUGGAUCCAGCGUGGCGGUGCCCACCGCGUCUACGUGGAGAUCAAGUUCACGCUGCGCGACUGCAACAGCAUGCCCGGCGUGCUGGGGACCUGCAAGGAGACCUUCAACCUCUACUACUGCGAGGCCGACCGGGACGUGGGCGUAGCCGGAGUACGCGAGAGCCAGUUCUCCAAGAUAGACACCAUCGCGGCAGACGAGAGCUUCACCAACGUGGACCUGGGCGUGCGCAGGCUAAAGCUCAACACGGAGGUGCGUGGCGUGGGCCCGUUGGGCAGGAGGGGCUUCUACCUGGCCUUCCAGGACAUCGGCGCCUGCAUAGCCGUCGUCUCCGUGCGCGUCUACUACAAGAGGUGCACGGGCAUGGCGCGGAACCUGGCCGUGUUCACGGAUGUGGUCACGGGCGCCGACUCCUCGUCGCUGGUAGAGGUCAGGGGUCGGUGCGUGGAUCACGCCGAGGAGAAAGACACACCCAAGAUGUACUGCAGUGCCGAGGGAGAGUGGCUCGUUCCUAUUGGACGGUGCGUGUGCAGCGCCGGCUUCGAGGAGCACAGGGAGGCUUGCAUCGCCUGUGAGGUGGGCUUCUACAAACCCAUGGCUGGAGACCAGCUCUGUGGGAAGUGCCCUGUCCACAGUCACUCAGAGACUCGAGCAGCUCUAACCUGCCCGUGCGACGCCGGCUUCUACCGCGCGGCCACCGACACGCCGGCUUCUCCUUGCACGCAACCUCCAUCAGCACCUGUAAAUGUGAUUUCAUCUGUAAACGGGACCUCGGUUAGCCUGGAGUGGAGCUCCCCUCUGGACACAGGCGGCCGCUCCGAUGUCGUCUAUGACGUGCAGUGCCAGAAAUGUGUAAGGCAUAUGGGACCGUGCGAAGACUGCAGCGGUGUGGUUGGCCCGGGCGGAGUGACCGGCGCUAGCGGGGCGGUCGCAGGGGUCACAUACGCUGGGGUGACCGGAGGAGGUGGGGCCGGGGUGGUGUCCCGAACCGGAGCUGCCCUCAUUCGCUUUGUGCCCAGGCAGAGGGGCCUGACAGAGCCGCGGGUGAACGUGGUGAACUUGGUGGCCCACACCAACUACACCUUCCACAUCCUGGCCACAAAUGGUGUAAGCCACAUGAGCAACAACAUGCCACCCUACAUCAUUGUCAACAUCACUACGAACCAGGCAGCUCCAUCUCAGGUGAUGUCUGUCCGCCAGGAGAACGCCAGUACAAACAGUGUAAACCUCUUCUGGCAUGAACCAGAGCAGCCCAAUGGAGUGAUACUGGAGUAUGACAUUAAAUACUUUGAAAAGGACAAAGAGCAGCAGAGUUAUUCCACCCUGAAGUCAAAGGGCACCAGUGCUAAGGUGUCUGGCCUCAAGUCUGGUACCAGUUACAUAUUCCAGAUCCGGGCGAGGACCUCGGCAGGCUGUGGACGCUUCAGUCCGUCCGUGGAGAUCCAGACUGGAAAAGCAGUCUCCCUGCGGUACAACGGCAUGACGAUCAUCUGGAUCUGUGCCGCUCUGGUCACGGGCCUCGUGACCUUUCUGCUCAUUGUCAUCUGCAGAAAACGACACUGUGGCUACAGCAAGGCUUUUCAAGACUCGGAUGAGGAGAAGAUGCACUACCAGAACGGCCACGUAUCGUUUCCAGAGGCCAGGUUUUAUAUUGAUCCCCACACAUACGAGGACCCAUGCCAGGCUGUCCAUGAGUUUGCCAGAGAAAUUGAAGCUUCCAGGAUCAAGAUUGAGAAAAUUAUUGGCUCAGGUGAAUUCGGGGAAGUGUGCUAUGGUUGUAUGAAGCUCCCGGGAAAACGAGAUGUCCCGGUGGCCCUGAAGACACUGAAGGCCGGAUACACGGAGAAGCAGCGGCGAGACUUCCUGAGCGAAGCCAGCAUCAUGGCCCAGUUUGACCAUCCCAACGUUAUCCGCCUGGAAGGCGUGGUCACCCGGAGUAAACCAGUAAUGAUUAUCACAGAGUACAUGGAGAACGGCUCACUGGAUUCAUUCUUGAGGAGAAACGAUGGUCAGUUCACCAUUAUUCAGCUGGUGGGAAUUCUCCGGGGCAUCGCAGCAGGGAUGACCUACCUGUCUGAUCUCGGCUACGUCCACCGGGAUCUGGCUGCCAGGAACAUACUGGUCAAUAGCAAUUUGGUGUGCAAGGUUUCAGACUUUGGCCUCUCGCGGGUCCUGGAGGACGACCCCGAUGCAGCAUACACAACCUCUGGUGGGAAGAUUCCGAUCCGGUGGACGGCUCCGGAAGCCAUUGCCUAUCGCAAGUUCUCCUCGUCCAGCGAUGUGUGGAGUUACGGGGUGGUCAUGUGGGAGGUGAUGUCUUAUGGAGAACGGCCGUACUGGAACCUCACCAACAGAGAUGUAAUCAAGUCCGUGGAAGAAGGCUACAGGCUGCCAGCACCCAUGGGCUGUCCUGGCACGAUGCACACACUGAUGCUGGACUGCUGGCAGAAGGAGCGCGCAGAGCGGCCCAGGUUCAGCCAGAUCGUCACGGUGCUGGACAAGCUCAUCCGAAACCCAGAGAACCUCAAGUCAAUGGACACAUUGUGCAGACUGAGCAGUCCUUUGAUGAACAGACGCAUUCCUGAUUUUGCUAGCUGCAGAUCAGUGAAUGAGUGGUUGGACACCAUUAAGAUGGGGCGCUACAAAGACCACUUCGCAGCAGGAGGUUAUCAGACACUCGGUCACGUCAUGAGUAUGAAUCAACAGGACAUCCAGCGGCUAGGUGUGACGCUGAUGGGUCACCAGAAGAAGAUUAUGACCAGUCUUCAGAUGAUGCAGGCGCAGGUGCUGAACCAGAGCGUGCCCUCUGUGCACGUGUGACGUCUCACUAUAAAUACAUAUUCAUCCGAUCUGUGCUUUUGGGUGGUGUGUUAUGAACUCUAACGGACAAUCCUCUACGAGCUCCGGAAGGGCUGUGAACUGCAAGAUAUCCUCAGCACCGGACCUUUAGAUUUUCUUUCUCCAAAAUGAUCUCUGAAUUGGUUAUUUUUUUCCCAGAAAUAUUCCCUUGGACUUUCCAACUUUUUUUUAAGUAAACAGACAGACUGCCUUAAACAACACAAAUAAUUUAAACAUUGGUGUAUAUGAAGAAAGGUUUUAUGAAAUUUAUGUUGUAUAGAGACGGUGAAAAAGAUAACUCGAUGGGUUAACUGAAUGUUGUGUAUGCAUAGAAUAAACUGUAUCACCAGUCACUCACCACAGCAUGACGAAAUGAGUGUGGGAGAAAGAGUGUGUCAGAAUGAGUGCUGCAGAAUGAGUGUGACAAAAUGAUUGUGGCAGAAUGAGUGUGACAGAAUGAGUGCUGCAGAAUGAGUGUGACAGAAUGAGUGUGGCAGAAUGAUUGUGGCAGAAUGAGUGUAGCAGAAUGAAUGUGGCAGAAUGAGCGUGGCAGAAUGAGUGUGACAGAAUGAGUGUGGCAGAAUGAGUGUGACAGAAUGAGUGUGACAAAAUGAGUGUGACAGAAUGAG